GAGUGGUUGAGCAGCAAGCACGCAUGUUAUAAUUAACUUUAGCAGGAACAAUGGCAUCAAGUGUAAUUUUGACAAUAUUAUCUACUAUUCAUCAAAUCGUUGUAUUUAUUGGAAGAUAUGUAUUCAAGAACUUUGUGUAUGGCGAAAAAGGUGAAAAAGUUCCGCCUAUAAAUAAUCCUCUUUUAUUGGAAUCUGCAACAUCUUUGGCAAGAAAAAUCCGAACACGAGAAGUGUCCAGUGUUGAGGUCAUGACAGCUUUUAUCGAACGUGUUAAGGAAAUAAACCCCAUUAUAAACUGCGUUGUUGACGAAAGAUUUUCAGAUGCAUUGAAGGAAUCUGAAGAAGUUGACAAGUUCAUUGCCAGCGGUGCAAUGUCAGAAGAGGAGAUGGAACAAAAAAAGCCAUUCUUAGGCUUGCCGAUUUCCACAAAAGAUUCGAUUCGAGUAAAAGGAAUGAUAAAUACCGCUGGAUGCUUUCAUAGAAAAGAUAUAAUUGCUGAUAAUGACGCACCAGUUGUUCAAAAUAUGAAGAAAGCUGGAGCAAUAUUCUAUUGCCUUACAAACGUUCCAGAAUUGUGCAUGUGGUUCGAAAGUAAUAACGAAAUUUUUGGCAGAACUAGGAAUCCUUAUGAUACAUUCCGUAUUUGCGGUGGCUCAUCAGGUGGAGAAGGUGCAAUUCAAGCUGCUGGAGCUUCUCCAUUUGGAAUUGGAAGUGAUAUUGGUGGAAGUAUUCGAAUGCCUUCAUUUUUUAACGGUAUUUUUGGACAUAAAACAUCAAGGCAUAUUGUUUCAAAUGAGGGACAGCAUCCUUCAGUUCAUACAGCAGAGGAAGAGCAUAUGCUAGGUAUAGGACCGAUGUGUCGUUUUGCAAGUGAUCUUAAACCGAUGUUGAAACUAUUGGCUAAAGAGGAAAAGGUAGCUUUGUUGAGAUUAGACGAACCAGUUGAUGUUAAAAAAAUUAAGGUUUAUUAUCAAGAGAAUGAUCUUGGUGGAGAUUUUGUCACACCAGUUGAUAAGGAUAUUCAAAUUGCUCUUAUGAAGGUCGUUGAUUACUUCAAGAAUAGUCUAAAUUUGGAAGUAACCAAGACACACAUUUCUCGUACCAAGAACAAUAUACCAAUGUGGCUUGCAAAUAUGAGUUGCAGAGGAAGUAUUCCGUUAGCUCAGCAAAUCUCACCUAAUCCAAGCCAAAAAGUCAAUCUUUAUUUAGAGCUAGUUAAAAAGCUGUUUGGAAAGUCCCAUCAUACAUUAGCAGUAAUAUUGACGGCUUUAAAAGCAGAAUUUGGAGUUAAAGCAGACACACCUGAACAUAAGUAUCUUCAAGAAGAACGUGAUAAAACUAUUGAAGAUUUCCAGGAUAUUUUAAAAGAUGAUGGUAUUUUCUUAUAUCCAUCACAUGCUUCUGUUGCUACAUAUCAUAGUGAAACAUUAUUAAGACCACUCAACUUUACCUAUACAUCACUUAUCAAUUUAUUAGGCAUGCCAAGCUGUAACAUUCCCUUAGGAUUGGGUCGUGAAGGAGUUCCCGUUGGAAUUCAAGUUGUCUCAAAUUACAAUAAUGAUCGAUUGUGUUUAGCUGUUGCUUGCGAAUUAGAAAAGGCAUUUGGUGGAUGGGUAAAUCCUAAUCCAUAAAGUAA